GCCCUGGGGUUCUAAGGUUCCAACUUCCAAACCUCUCCGUGAGAGAUAGAGAGAGGAGGCACAGAGCUAGAUAUAGAUUUGUGGUUCUGAUCAAAGGAGGAGCAAAAUGAGCGUCGGAGAUUUGCAGCUGCCCCCCGGGUUCCGAUUCCAUCCGACGGACGAGGAGCUCGUGAUGCACUACCUCUGCAGGAGGUGCGCUAUGCUGCCGAUUUCCGUGCCCAUCAUCGCCGAGAUCGAUCUCUACAAGUUCGAUCCGUGGCAGCUCCCAGAUCAACCAGGAAAGGCGUUGUACGGGGAGAAGGAGUGGUACUUCUUUUCGCCGAGGGAACGGAAGUACCCGAAUGGUUCGAGGCCGAACCGGGCGGCGGGGUCGGGGUACUGGAAGGCGACCGGGGCCGAUAAGCCGAUCGGUUCUCCCAAGCCGGUGGCGAUCAAGAAGUCGCUGGUGUUCUACGCCGGCAAGGCGCCCAAGGGGGUGAAGUCCAACUGGAUCAUGCACGAGUACCGGCUCGCCGACGUCGACCGGUCCGUCCGCAAGAAGAACAGCCUGCGUUUGGAUGACUGGGUGCUGUGCAGGAUCUACAACAAGAAAGGGGGGGUCGAGAACCUUACCGGCCCGGAGUGGAACUCGGCCGGUUCGAGGAACCUCGGGCCGGCGCCCGGCUCGCCCGAGAAAAAGCCGGUGAUCGUCUCGCACGUGCCGCCUCCAUUUUCGUCGCCGGCGCCAUGGGCGCCGGCGCAGUCGACGGACCUGUUCUGCUUCGACGCGUCGGAGUCGCUGCCGAGGUUGCACCCUGACUCGAGCUGCUCGGACCACGUGCUGUCAUCGGAGUUCACGUGCGAGCGGGAGGUCCAGAGCCGGCCGAGCUGGGGAGCGUGGGAGAAAGCCCUCGGAGUUGGCGUUCCCAACGAGGUUGCCGCCGGGGCGUUCCCGCCGCUCUCGCCCCCUGGUGCCUUCCGGGACCCACUCCAAGACACGUUCAUGAUGUACCCCCAGAAGCCCUUCUAGAGCCUUCCGCACGUGAGACGGAGCACGCUUAUUACAGAUAUCUAAUAGGGAUGUUCGCAAACAUACGCCGGAAAGGUUGACCACCGUCUGAUUCGGGCUACACAGGGGAGCCACCGUAGAGAUUGUAUGCUAGGCCCGUGAUGAGGGUGUCCAGAGGUUUGUGGACCGUCGGAUCAAGAGAUGGAGUGAGGGGAUCAGGCGGCCACGAGUUGUACGUGUACGGUUGGGAUAGCAUGUUAGACAAAGGACUUUGAUGUCCUCUGCUAAAUUUUGUACUACAGAAAAGAGGGCAAUGCACAUGGACAGGCCCACCAACUUAGCGAUGGACCUGAUUUUACUCAAUAAUAUUAUGCAUACAUGGUCA